AUGCAUUAAUUCGAGAAUGAGACAAACAAGUUUUUGGAGGAAUUAAAAAAUGGAUCCAGCAACAUCCUAGUAAACACAUCUCUCUAUUUUCUAGGUAGCAAUAAGAGUCAGACCUCUAAAUUAGAAGGAGAGAAGUGUGUCAGAGUUUGAAACCAUUCGAAUCCUCGAUGGCAAGAUGAUAGUGUUGAUGGAUCCAGAGUCAGAAAGAGAAGAUGAAGUAUUGACAUUAUAUAGAAUAGUUAUUAAGAAAAAAUAGGUUGAAGGAAACUAAUUUUGCAUUUGAUUUUGUUUUCGAUCAAUGGGCUCCUCAAUAAAAGAUCUACGAAAACACCACUGAGUUUUUAUUGGAGGGAGUAUUGGAAGGAUUCAAUACCACUGUGUUUUGCUAUGGCGCAACAGGUUCUGGCAAGACAUUUACGUAAAUUUUAUAUCAUUAACAAUAGAAUGAUAGGAACCCAAUAAGAGGUAGGUUUAAUGCCAAGAGCUUUGCAGUCUCUUUUUAAUUUUUCGCAAUCAGACAGAUUCAAAGAGACUUAAUUUAAGGUCUCUUAUGUCGAAAUCUACAAUGAGAACAUAAGAGAUUUGUUGACCUCCGAAGAUAAAAAUUUAGAAAUUAGAGAAGACAAAAAUAACGGAAUAUAAAUAGCCGGUGUCAUUGAAAUUGAAGUCAAAACAGUCACUGAAGUGCUCUCUCUUUUGAAGGUCGGCAAUAGAAAUCGAUCCAAAGAGGCAACUGAUGCAAACAAAGAAUCAUCUAGAUCUCACGCUAUCCUACAGGUUUAAGUAGAGUGCAAAGACAAAGCUGCUGGAUUACAGGAAUAAAUCAUUUAAAGCAAAUUUAGUUUGGUAGAUCUGGCAGGUAGUGAAAGAGCAGCCAAUACAAAUAAUAGAGGUCAAAGAAUGGUGGAGGGAGCAAACAUCAACAAAUCAUUAUUGGUCUUAGGCAAUUGUAUUCAAUCACUAUCAGAGGCUAAUGAAAAAGGAAUCAAAAAUCCAUUUAUACCAUUUAGAAAUUCUAAAUUAACCAGAUUGCUGAAAGAUUCCUUAGGUGGUAAUUGCAGAACUGUUAUGAUUUCCAAUGUAACUCCAGCUGUCAGUAGUUUUGAAGAAACCUACAAUACAUUAGUCUAUGCGAAUAGAGCUAAGAACAUUAAAACUGUUGCAAAUAGAAAUGUCUUGGUAGCCUAAAAUCAUAUUAGCAAUUAUGCACUGCUCAUUCAAAAUUUGCGAUAGGAAAAUGAAGAACUUAAAUUAUUGAUACAAUAAUAGUAGUUAAAUUCUAUCACUCCUUAAACAAGUAGCAAGUAAACUUAUAAAGUAGGAUUGCCUUCCAUUAAUUAGAAAACUGUUCCAGUCCCCUAAUUAAAUUUGAAAUAAUAGGUCAAUGAAUUGGAAUCUAUUAUCAACUAAAACAUUUCUGAUAUCAUUGAAGCAAAAAAUAAAUUAUAUGAGAUGGAACAAUAGUAGAAUCAAUAUCAAUAAAAUAUUGGUUUCUUGUAAUAUCAAAAAGGUCGCUCUUAGGAUAAGUUCGAAUAAAUGAAAUUACUGGAAAGAAUCGAUAAUGCUAAAACACAAAAAGCCAUACUAAAAUAAAGUGAAGAUGACAUGAAGCAGCAGUUACUUGAAUAUGAUAUCAAAAAAGUUGAUAUUUAGAAGUAGGUUUAAUAAAUACCAGAUUUAAAUCAUAAAACUUACUUGUAAGGAAUCAUCAAGUAAGGUGAACUUAAAAUAGUAAUAAGUGUUAUCCAUAUUAUAAUAGGAAAAUAUUGAACUUCAAAUUUAGGAGAAAAGAAGGAGAUAUCAGGAAUCAGUAUAAGAUGAGCAAGUAAGAUAAUUGAGAACUUAAAUUCAUUAACAACAAUAAACGAAACAUAUUUAAAGUGCAAAAUCUAAGUCCAGUUAAUAGAAUGGACCCAAAAAAGGUUAUAGUUACAUUUUAGUAUUUUAGUUCCUAGUCUACCUGGAGUAGAUUCGCCUUAUUAUUCUAUAUCUGGAGGAUAAACUUAUGCUGUACAAAGGUAUUUCAAUCAUAUAUUUAGCAGGCAUUAAAAACAAAAAUCUCAUCUAAAAUUACCACCUGUCCUAUAGAUGGCUUAAUUGCAAAAAUCUCCCAAAACUUAAAAUUCAAGUUUGAACAGUAAACUUUAUAAUCUAGUAGGUAAUCCUCUAAAAUAUCGAAUGGCUUAGAGAUACACAACUAGAUUGAACAGACCUCCCUCCUACCGUCCUCCUAGUUCCUCCAGAAAAUCUGCUCUUGGAAAAUAUGUUAAUAGAUCAUUAGAUUUAGGAAGUGGAAGAGAAAGCGUAAAUAAAAGUUCAGGAGAUUUAUAAAAUUCUGUUAGUCUCAGGAAACUUAAAAAACUGCAUUAAGAAUAUCAAUAAUAGAGAUUUGAGAGAGUCGUGAGUGGCAAAAAAAAUUAAAAAUCUAUGCCAUAUUUUGGUAAUAAGAUUCUUUUGCCAGGCAUGGUUCACAAAUCACCUUAUGUUAAGAAUUUUUAAAACAAUCAAGAGCCUAUUGAAUUAAAAAAAGAGAGAUUGAAAAUGCUUAAUAUUAAUCUUAAAGCUUAAUAUGGCGAUAAAUUUUCGCUGCAAAAUUGA